AGCGUGGAUCCCCUCCACCUCCGGACCAGGUUUUAGCUGAUUACCAAAAGGGGGUCUUCACUGGGAAUCAACACUACUGAGCUAAAAUAUGUCUCCUUUUUUUGCCUGACAAAAGGAGGGAAAACAAGCGAAGAAAGGACUUCACCCACACCUAUCCUUUCGCUUCUGGGAACAGACAAGAACCAGUGACCUCAUGCACACCUAAAGUUUUCUUUUUUCUCUCUGUCGCGUUAGAAAUUCCAAGCAUCUUGAGCAAGUAUAGGAAUAACAAUUAAACUCUAUGCCUUUGUGAUCGUGGAGGAAGAGUGCGUUGUGGAUAUGGCCCCAGGGGAAAUGUAAUUGUUUGUCUGCAGAGAAGUGACGCCCUGCCUGCAUCCAGAUGUUUCAUGUUUCCCCUGUGUGCUUUUUGGAAACGAGCUGCUCGCAGAGAAAGCAGGGAAAUCUUGUUCAUUUCAAAAGAUUAAGUUAGACAAUGAAUACUGGUUAUUUUGCGUUAAAAAAAUUGGGAUUUUAAUCCAGGCUUUAUAUUCUGAUUCUGUCUGGAGAAUGGAGAGCAGCAAACUGAGGACGCUCAUGUUGCUGGAGUUACAUCUGCUCUGUGUCUUUGCGCUGUCUGUACAGGGGCACUCCAGCCCAAAAAACAAGAAUGUGAUCGACCUCCUGGCCGCCCUCAACGUCUCCCACCACAUAAGCGGUGGGGCCAGCCAGCAAAGUCCUGGCGGUGUGAUGUACAAAAUCCGUCCCAGAGCACCAUACCUAACUCUCCCUCGUGAAUAUUCCUACUUGUACCCCCGCCUUCAGGGUAGUAUGGGGGUGCAUUUGGUGGGGCGUCAGUCUUCGGGGUCCAGCGCCACUCUUUUUUCCAUCUCCUCGGCCUCCUCACCCAUUGUCCAACUCAUCUCCUCCACCCACAACUAUUCUCUGCGUUUGGACUACCACGCUGGAGGAGGAGAUCAGGGCCUCGUCAGUUUUUACUUCCCAAGGAGGAACCCUUUCUCCGGGGAGGAGUGGGUACGGUUGGCUAUGAGCCUGGAGACAGAUAGGCUGGCAUUUUUUGUUGAUUGUCAAGAAGCUGUUGUUUUACCCGUAAAAAGUCAUGAGAGAAUCAACCUGGAACUGCCUGAAGAUACUGUGGUUACUCUCGCCGGCACACCGGGAAAGAAAGACAGCAAAUUUAGUGGAUAUUUGAAGACAGCUGAGAUAUCAAUGAAAGCUUAUCUGAGGAGGCCGUGGCUCUGCGAGAAUGUUACAGAUGCUCUGCCCCGCACUCAGUCUAUGAACGCAGAUAGCUCCGAUUCCUGGACUCGAGUGUUCCAGCAGGAUUCAUCCUCCAGUAAACUUCAAACGAGCAGCAGGCCAACGGGCCAAACCAACCAUUAUCUCCAAGACGUCCAUGGUGACCAGCUGCAGAGAGGUGUGGUGCUGGGGCCCCCGGGGUCUCCUGUUUCUCAGGCACAGAAAGACGACAGGCUGAAGAAGCUGGAGAGGAGGCUGGACGAGCUGGCUCAUAUGCUGGACACGGUCAACACCCAGAACGCAGACCUGCAAUCACGCGUAAAGUACCUGGAGGGAUGUGAGUGUGUGAGGCAGCGAUGUGUGUGGGAGGGGCAUGAGGUGGAGAAUGGCCAGCGCUGGCAGAUUGACCUCACCACUGUGUGUGAGUGCACAUCUGGAAAGGUCACAUGCUCAACUAAUAUCAAAGGAUGUGAGCUGGAUGGUACAGUUCAUAAUGUGUCCUACAGCAGAGAUGGCUGUAAGACGUGUACGUGUAAGGAGGGUAACAGGGAAUGCUAUCCUCAACCCUGCCCUUCACUGGAGUGCACACAAAGGGAGACUGUACCUGGAGACUGUUGCCAGAGAUGCAAAGGCUGUAUCCAUUCUGGUGUCCAGUAUGAUCAUAGAGCCGAGUGGAGGCCGGUGGGGAGUCCGUGUGAUGUCUGCUCCUGUUUGGAAGGUCACGUUCGCUGUGAGAGGGAGCAAUGUAACACACCGUGUAAAAACCCAGCUGCUCCUCCACCCAACACCUGCUGUCCAGUGUGUCAAGACUGUGGUGUGAACGGCCAUGACUUCCCUAACGGAGCUGUGAUCCCUACUGGAGACCAUUGUCAGGAGUGCACAUGUUUGAAUGGAAAUGUGGCUUGUUCACCACUACCUUGUGCUGCUUUCACUUGUCAUAACCCAGUGCAUCGCGCUGGAGACUGUUGUCCGCGAUGUGAGCAGUGUGAAUAUGAAUCCAAGAUGUACGUGGACGGACAGAAGUUCCUCUCCAUGAGAGACCCGUGCCUCCACUGCCACUGCAAGGCAGGAGGCGUGUCUUGUGAGCGCAUAGAUUCAAAAUGUCCUACACCUCGCUGCAGUCAUCCAGCAAAGCACACAGGGGAGUGUUGUCCCACAUGCGAUGGAUGUGAGUAUGAAAGGAGGAUGUAUGCAGAUGGAAAAGUGUUUACCCCCGCUGGAAGUGGACCCUGCCUGCAGUGCAGGUGUAAGGGUGGGAAUGUCAGUUGCCGUGAAGAGAAGUGCCCUCCUGUCCGGUGCUCCAACCCCAUUAUGGACCCACGUCUCUGCUGUCCUAUCUGCAAAGCGUGUGUGUUGGAGGGGGUAGAAUAUGAGGAAGGCUCCCAAUGGAGCCCCGAGGGUCCCUGCUCCAGCUGCACCUGUUUGAAUGGAGAGAUGCUGUGUACACACACGCGCUGCCCCCCGACAGAGUGCCUGCAUCCCAGCAAGACCACUGGCUCCUGUUGUGCAUUGUGUGAAAGCUGCACCUAUAACCAUCGUAUCUACAGCAACGGUCAGAGGUUUACGACUCCUGACCACCCCUGCCACACCUGCACGUGUCAGCAUGGCAGUGUACAGUGUGGGAGACGACCAUGUCCUCCACUCAACUGUUCUAACUCAUAUACACCGCCUGGAGAGUGCUGCCCUAAAUGUCCAGACUGCUCCUUUGAGAACCGGAUAUUUGUGGAUGGAGAGGCUUUUCCAAACCCUGUGAGAGCAUGUGAGGAGUGUACGUGUGUGAGCGGACAGAUAGACUGCCACCAGGCACAGUGCCCUCAUCCUCACUGCAACGCGCCUCGACACGGAACAUGUUGUCAAAACAAUUGCAAUGGCUGCAGCUACGCUGGGAAAGAGUAUCCCAAUGGGCAGGAGUUUCCUCAUCCUACUGACACGUGCAGGAUGUGCAGCUGCAUAAAUGGUAAUGUCCAGUGUCUGAUGAAGAGGUGCCCACUGCUGCAGUGCUCCAACCCAAAUCUGCUGCCUGGAGACUGCUGUCCUCAGUGUCCUGCUCCUCCAUCAGGCUGUGUGUAUGAACAGCGAUCCUACAGACACACCGAGCGUUUCUACCACCCGGCUGACAACUGUCGCUCAUGUGCCUGCACCAAUGGAACAGUUCAUUGUCAGCACAAGUCCUGCCCCUUUGCUCCAUGUUCUCAUCCCAUCACACUGCAGUGCUGCCGGACAUGCGAAGGUACAAUUUGGUAUGGCCGAGAGCGAUCUAACGGGGAGACUUGGGAUGAUGCAUCUGAUCAAUGUGCUGUAUGUGUUUGCCGCGAGGGCUCCGUCCGGUGUGAGAGGAAGCACUGCCCACCGGCCAACUGUAACCACCCAGUCCAGAGACAAUGCUGCAUGUCCUGUGAUAGCUGCAUGUUUCAUGGUAAAGAAUACCCCGAUGGCACCGAGUUUGGUGAUGACAAAGACCCAUGUGGCGUAUGUUACUGUUACGGAGGCGAAGUCAUCUGCACCAAAAUAGCCUGCUAUGGAGAGUGCCGUCACCCUUACAAACCCCCCGGACAAUGCUGUGGAGAAUGUGAACGCUGUUUCUAUAACAGUGUAGUCCUUGCAAAUGGCAAGUCAAUCCCUGACCCAGGAAACCCCUGCGCGGAAUGCACAUGCCAGAGUGGUUCAGUGCGAUGUAUGAGGAAGUCGUGUGUAGCCGCCCGUUGUCCUCACCCGGUCACAAACCCUUGUGGAUGCCCCGACUGUGACGGUUGUCAAUUCCAAGGUGUGACUUAUGCUGACGGACAGGUCCUUCCAGGAGGAGAAGGAGGGUGCCAGGACUGCACAUGCUCAAGCGGUGAAGUGGUGUGUACACAGAGAAGAUGCCCUGCCGUGUCAUGCCCACAUCCAGCUCUGGAUGGCUGUGCAUGUGGAGUGUGUGAUGGAUGCAACUUCAAUGGACGAGGCUGUUUCAACGGAGAGCGAUUCCCACACCCGACCGACCGCUGCCAGCUCUGCUCCUGUCUGAACGGUGGUGUUGUGUGCGUGCAUGCAUCCUGUCCUCGUGUGGCGUGUGUGCGUCCUUUGACCCCUCCUGGGGAGUGCUGCCCCGUCUGCACAGGGAUGUGUCUUCAUCGGGGGCAAGAAUACCAGUCCGGCUCCUCCUUCCCUUCUCUCUCUGAUCCCUGCUCUUCAUGCUCCUGCCUGAAUGAGGUGGUGAACUGUCAGAAGAGACCUUGCCCAGUCCGGUGCUCCCACCCUGUUCCUUCAGACACCUGCUGCCCCGUCUGUGACUCCUGUCUGUACGAGAGUGUCGUCCACUCUCACGGUCAAACCUUCAAACCCUCCUCCAACCCCUGUCAGCGCUGCACGUGUGUCAGAGGCACUGUCACCUGUGUGCCCCAUGUCUGCCCACCAACACCUUGUAUCCGACCAGUAACCAAGCCAGGGCAGUGCUGUCCUGAGUGCUCAGUCUGUAAACUAGAUGGACAGGAGUUCAAUGAUGGGACGACAUGGACCUUGAGUUCAAACCAGUGCUCUAUCUGCACUUGCCAGGCAGGUGAGGUGCAUUGUGCAUUUCCUGAGUGUCCCAAGCUCCCUUGUAUGCAUCAAGUGACCGAUCCAGGAGCCUGCUGUCCUCGCUGUAGAGGUUGUAUGUAUGGAGGAGAGGAGCACAAAGAGGGCAGCAGCUGGUUUGCAGACUCCACCCCCUGUAUGACAUGUAUGUGUGUGGACGGGGUGACCACCUGCUCUGAAGUACGCUGUUUAUCUCCCUGCAUCAACUUCCUUAGCGUGCCUGGAGAGUGUUGCCCUGUGUGUGCUGACUGUGUAUUUGAGGGCAGAGUGUAUGGUCCAGGUGAUAGUUUCCAUCCAGCUGAUGACCCCUGUCAGAUCUGCACAUGUGAGGUGAUGCCGGACGGAGAGCAACACCUGAGGUGUUACCGAAAGCAGUGUCCCAGCCUCGUCGACUGUCCUAAGAGCAACAUAUUGUUCUCCGGGCCAGACUCCUGCUGUCCUGUCUGUGCACAGCCUCUCAGUAACUGCACCGCUGCACUGAUUGGCAACGAGGUCUUGGCAACGGAUGACCCUUGUUUUACCUGCCACUGCAAGGACCUGACAUGGACCUGCUUACACCAAAACUGCCUCCCACCGACUUGCCCUCUUGAUGAACAGUUCAGCUCUCCCGACUCCUGCUGCCCAGUGUGUAAAGAUUGUGUAAUUGAGGGCCAGAACAGACGCGUGGCCAACGGCAGCAGCUGGACCGACAGCGAUGACGACUGCGUCACCUGCACCUGUAACCUGGGCUAUAUUGAGUGCAGCAUUGAAGACUGUUUACCUGUAUUUUGUCUAAAUGGGCAGAAACAAGUGAAAAUUCCAGGAAAAUGCUGCCACGAGUGCCAAGACUCGGGGGCCUCCUGUUUGUACCAGGGAACAGUGUAUCACUCCAAUGAACAGUGGGAGGUGGAUGAGUGCACCAGCUGUACAUGUGUGUUUGGAGACGUGCACUGUCAAAGUGAACGCUGCCCUCCACUAACCUGUGCAACAGAUGAGAUGCCCGCUAUUGUCCCAGGUUUGUGUUGUCCUCAUUGCCUUCCGCGUCCAGCCACUUGCAUUGCCUUCGGCGACCCCCAUUAUCGCACUUUCGAUGGCCGCAUGCUGCACUUCCAGGGAGCAUGCACUUACAUCCUGGCACAGGACUGUGAGAGUGGAGACUUCAGUGUUCAUGCCACUAACGAUGAUCGUGGGCGUAAAGGAGUGUCCUGGACCAAAGAGGUCACAGUAUUUAUAGGAGACAUCACAGUGCAGCUGCUCCAGGACUGGGUUGUGAAGGUGAACGAUGAGGUCGUGACUUUGCCGUUCCUCAGAGAACCGUACAUCUAUGUAGAGCGACAAACAAACACCAUCUUGCUCAACACUCACAUCGGUCUGAAGGUACUGUGGAGUGGUCGCUCACAUCUGGAACUGAGUGUGCCAGGCUCCUAUAAGGGCCACACCUGCGGCCUCUGUGGAAACUUCAACAAUUACUACCAGGAUGACCUCCGAAUGCCCAGUGGACAACUCAGCGCGUCAGAGUCUGACUUUGGAAAUAGCUGGAGGGUCACGAAUAGUAGCAAUUCCCCCCCCUCCUGUCGCCCCGGUGAGAAUGUUGAUCCCUGUAAAGACGCAGGCUACCAGGCCAAGAAGGGGGCUAACGCUCGCUGUAAGGUCCUGAAGUCUGCUGCCUUUAAGCCGUGCCACCGCGUGGUGCCUCCUGAACCGUGGUACGGAGCCUGCGUGUACGACCUGUGUGCCUGCGGGGCCAAUACUGACGAGUGUCUAUGUGACACACUGGAGGCCUACGCCAGUCAGUGCAGAGAGGCCGGAGUCAUCUUGCAAUGGAGAAGCCCAUCGCUGUGUGCUGUCGGCUGUCCAGUGGAGAGGGGCUUUGUGUUUGACGAGUGCGGACCCCCAUGUCCCGUAACCUGCUUCAACGUGGCCGUACCACUCGGGGUGAUAGAGACCCACUGCUUCAAGCCCUGCGUCCCAGGCUGCCAGUGUCCGGCUGGACUGGUUCUGCACAACAACUACUGCAUUCAGCCAGAAAAGUGCCCCAAGAUCAUCCAUGGAAGCCUUUCAUAAUUCUUAGCAGUGCUCACAUUCAAGUGGACACUUAACUCGUGUGCACUGCCACCUCUAAUAAUCUUCAAUCCACUCAAGGACUACUAAAGCUUUCUGUUACUGUACACAGUAUGCAACAGAAAAAACGGUGUUAAUAUUGCAUUGUUUUACUUUUAUAUGAAGCACUGAAUAUUUAUACUACACCAGGGUUUUGUCCGUUUUUGUCACAUGUUCAUUGGUAUUGUUCCUACUUAUUUUGAUUUAUACAUGUAGGUUUCAUUACCUAGAGCCUAUACAAUAUUUUAACAAUAUAAUUUGCUUCCAAAAGAGCUUAAUUUCUGCACUAAGCAAUGUGUGACUGUGUAUACAAGAGGCUACAUAAUCUCAGGUACCAUUUCUUUUUGCUCUCUGUCAUACACAUAAACAAAGGCUUAACUAAUAUAUGUGGUAUUUUGUUUUAUGUCAUCAAGACUGGAUUAGAAUCUUGGUUAACACUUUUUUUACAGGUUUAAAUGCUGUAUAUUCAUUUGCAAUUAAAGGUUUGGAGUCCUCACAACUGCUUUUAUUGAGUGCCUAUCUAGCCGAAAAUGCAAAAAUGGUAAUAAUAUAUAAUGCACAUGCAUGAUUACAUAAUCAUAAUGUAUGAGGACGACAUAAAAAAGAAUUUACACAUUGGGAGCCACCAAAUUUCACUAGUGGUCCACUCACCAUACAUGUAAUGUGUCAUAUGCUUGUGUAUCUAAUGUCUCCCACUGACAGAUAC